CAGCGUCUAAUCCAAUUUAUACUUACCACUGUCACGAAUACCCAAAAACCAAGAAUAUUACAAAGGACAUUUCUAACAAACUGUUCAUUUAUCUAUUUUAAGAGAAAAAGCACCUACGUGAUUUGAACUCUAUUAGAUUUCAAACUUGAUUCCAUUUUUGUUCGCUUCGCAGUUAGCUCGUCAUGCAAACCUACGAUGCUCAAAAAUGCGGCAACAAUUGUUGUUGUGACAAUAAGCCAGUUUACGAAAACGUAUUUCACACGCCCUCGCCCCCUCCCAGGAUAAGGGGCUUGAACAAAGGGGGUUUCAGAGGAAGUUGGGAUGAACUGGUGCCACCUCCUAGGAAGUACAGGAGUUGGUCGUCGAGGAAAUUCCUGAAUGCCAUUUCGUCCCUGGAUUACUCGUACCUGGAUGAAAUUGUAUCACGUCUGGAGAGAAUUCAGCAUUCGAAGUUAGAAGAAGAAAUCCAGUCGGAGCCUCUCUAUCUCUACUCGGGGUCCGGAGGAGGAGGCCAGUGCGACGACAUUCUCAGCUGCUCGUCUCUGGAGACAUGGCCAAACAGCUGUCCCGAGUCACCCCUAUUCGCACGAACGACCAACGGAGGUGUUAACAGAGGUUGUGGUGGACCAUUGUGUACGUGUAAGCUUGAACGGGUCCGACUGAGUUCGGAAGGACUCGCUCGACAACACGCACUGCUGAUGACGGCUACUUCUUCCAGCGAAUCGGACCAUGCUUCGCCGUCGACGAGGGCAUCUAGAAAUAGUUUGAGCCAAAGGGCCACUAAGGCGACUUCUGAUACCGUCCAAGAAGAGAACGACAGUUUAGAACGAAUUUCGAGGCUUCUCGCUUGUGACAACAUUUUUGACUCCGACAACGAUUUGACCUCUUACUUACACAAGCAGUGGCAAGUUUCCGACCAUCAUCACCAGGAGCAAACAUCUCAAUCUAUUCCUUAUAAGGAAAAAGUCGAAACAGUUUGUAGAAAUCGAGAGGAGUUCCUGAAAGCGGAGAUUGAGGACAGGUACUCGCUCAUCAGUCGUCAGAUCAACCACGCCAGACUGGCAUUUCUUGCUCAAUAUUCACAGCAAAGCAUGGCUUCACAACAUCACCGUGCAAACAACAUCAAAUCUUCGAAACAGUCACUUACUAAUUUGGAAAGCGCUCCCAGAAAACAAAACAAUUUCAAACCAUCUUUUCAGAACCAAUUCUCUUUAGCCGAAGCAAGCGUAGACCAACCGAAUGGAUACGACGGCGAUCCACACCCAAACGGGUUUGACUCGAAAAAUCUAAAGAGCACAAGCAACAAUGAACAGUUUGUAACUGGAACCCAAAGUCAUCUUCAGAACCAUCAGAAUCAUAGGAGCUACAACACGUCAGCAAAUCAUCAGCAGUUCGCACCGGGUCAAACUCAAGGUCAAGGUCACGCAUCUGACAUUCAGAGUUCAGUUAAGACUGAGCAAAAUUAUCUUUUCGUGCAGCCCAACUUCAGUGAGCAUUUUGCAGCUGGUCCAAUUUUGGACUCUGGUGACGUCAGAGCUAGACUGAGUGGACAAGAAGGUGGAGUGAAUGUAGAAGCUGCAGCAGCAUCUUUCUUUGCCAAAGCAACCCAAAAAGUAGCCAAGCAAGCCAAAACCCGCAACCCCAUUUCGACCACUGCUAACCCAUCCAGUAACUUCCUUACCAAUUCUGGUCACACAAUCAUGUCUCCUAAUCAGACGAAACAGGACAGCGAUCACCCCUUCGAAACCAACUUCGGACUGACCUUGACAAAAACACCCCCUUCGGCGCCUCCGGGUUUAUUCAGAAAUGUAGACCGACGAACAUCAACUGCAGGGAAAUUGAAAGUGGCUCUCCGUUUGAGCCCCGAGAACAAGGAGGGAAUCGCAUCUGCGAACAGCUUUGUCUCGGUGGACGACAGACGCAAACAGAUACUCCUCAAGGACCCUAGACCCAACAGCCAAACUACGGAGACCUCAGUCGCUAACACAGUCGCCGCACCUCCCAAAAUGUUCGCUUUUGAUCACGUGUUCGCCGAAGAUGCUGCACAGGCUGAAAUUUGCGCCAGCACCCUUCCGGAAGUGCUCCAGUCAGUAAUCAACGGAAAUGAUGGGUGUGUGUUUGGAUUUGGCAACGCAAAUUUGGGAAAAACUUUCACAAUGGUUGGGGAGGACACUUCACUGCAGACGAUUGGGGUGGUUCCCUGUGCCAUUUCGUGGCUGUUUCGGCUGAUAAAUGACCAGAAGCAGAAGUCCGGCGCCAAGUUCUCAGUCCGAGUCUCCUCUGUGGAGAUCUACGGGAAAGACGAACACGUGAAGGACCUUCUUGCAGACCAAGACACCGGCGGAAGUUUCUUCAGCUCUGCUCAUGAGUCGCCGGGCAUGCUGCUGCAGCCGAGAGAUGCCUCGGGGAACUUCAGUCUUCAGAACCACUCGGAACUCAGAGCAGCAUCUGCUGAUAAAGCAGCCUUUUACUUGGACGCGGCUUUAGCCGCCAGAACAUGCAAUAUAUCCAAAGAAUUCACCUCAGAUAACGAGUAUCAACCUUCGCACAUGAUAUUCACCCUGCAUAUAUAUCAAUACAGAGUGGACAAAACAAAAAAGACCGGAGUUUGUGGUGGACGCAGUCGUCUGCACUUGAUAGACCUGGGCAACUGUGAGAGACUAACUUCACUGCCUGGAAGUCCAACAACCCCUGGCUCAUUUCUGUCCUACAACGCACUGAGCAAUGUACUGUUGGCACUUAUGAACGGAUCCAGACAUGUGCCCCACAGGGACAGCAAGUUGACUCAGCUGUUGCGUGACAUUAUGGGUGGGGGCAGUUGCUGUACUGUGAUGAUAGCACACGUGUCAUGUCAGCCUCAGGGCUACGAGGACACUUUAGCCACAGUCCAACUGGCACACAAACUACAUCGCACCAAGAAGAGAAAAGCCAAGGCAUCAUUCGGAGCAUCAGGGCUACGUCACCACAGUUCCGGUGCCGCGUCCUCAUCCUCCGAGUACUCGGAGAACUCCAGUUGCGACGAACUCGGCCGACCUCGCCGACGCACUACGACAGGCAACCCAGGGUCGCUCAAGCAGUCCAUCCAGGGUACUAUGCAGACUGUAAACGAGCAGAGCUACAUGAGUUCGGACUACAGUUCGUCAAGUGAGCAGUCGUGCGACACUGUGAUUUACAGGGGACCCGAUGGAAGGAUGUUGAGUGACAACGAACUGACUGACAAUGAGCGACCGCCUCAAUUUUCGAGAGUCGUGACCUCAACUAAUCCUUCUGCGCUCGAGCGAAUUAAUCGACCAUCUAAUAUGUUCAAGCCAAUAAAAGAAUUCUCGGAGGAAAACGACUUGAACAAAAGCGGAGUUGCCAGUCGAACCCAUAGUGACUCGGAAGUUUCGACGCGGAAUCCAUCCUUCAAAAUGGCGUCCAAAAACAGAUAUUCACCCAAGCAAUGCUCAACUCCAGCUGAGUCUGACCAGGAGGGCGUUUUUGUCAUUUCAAGACCACUGAACGUCGGAGCUCGCAGGUCAAAUAGCGUUGGCGAGGACUCAAAAUGUGCUUCGAUUCCCGAAAACCCUUCAACUGUAACCCCAACAAUGAAUAAUCAGCCCAAAUGUGAAAGUAGCGGGUCCAUAUGCAGUGCAUGCAACGUGGCCUAUGAGAACUCAUUGAUGUUCCAAGCCCAAUACAAUAACAAUCAGACGUCUUGCAAUUCCGCCAAGUGCAAACAUUAUAGUACGGCCAGUGACAGCUCUUUCGAAAAUCUGCCCGGUAUGCUAGGAGUAAUGAACAACCAAAAUCACUCCACAAGCCCUAUUAGAGGUGUUGUUUCCGAUACCGAAGUUUUGUAUAACGCACCGCGGUCAAUUAAAGACGCGGUCGUAAAGCCGAAAACGGGAUCCAAUCUUAGUUUCAUCUCAGAAGAAACUGACCCGGCUGUCCAGAGUCAAACCAGUGCUGGAAAUAAACAAACAAGAUUUGCCCUCAGUGCAAACAGCUUAGCCCAAAACGCUGUCAAAAAUUUGAAACCAGUUUUUGUCAAGGAAUCAAAGCCAGCUUCGAAAAAGUCUUUGUCAACUGCCAGUUUUUUCAAGGAGCCUCCAGCAGUUGAUGAUGUCUGGCAAAUACGAACAAGUCCCAAAGAUUCCUGCAAGGACUCCUAUCCAGUUAGAGUACAUUGUGGAAUGUCAGAUGGUAAACGUAUGCAAAGCACAGCUAUGCUAGUUGCUCUAGGUCCUCAAGCUAGCAAAAUGUGCGUUCAGUGCUCAACUGGCAGAAGCUGCUUUAGAGAUCACUCUACUCCUAGAACGCCACAAAUUGUUUCGCAAUUGAGUGCGUGCAGCAGUGUGGGAUCCACGCCUCAGUCUGUAAUGCCUAACGUUAACCACGUGACUAUUAACACUCCGAAAUCUACGCCUUCAAGGAAGACUUCACUUCUUUCAAGGCUCCGAAGAAGUCGAACCCCAGACCAGACGCCAAAAAUGAAGAGUAAACGUUUCAGUCGUGAUCAAAAAAACUCGAGCCGGUCAAGCCAGCCAUCGCCUAGUCGAAAAAGUAAAAUUAAGAUUCCAGUUUUAGAAAAUCUGCAAAACCGAACGCCUGAAAAUAGUCCACCGCGAGGCCGAAAAGUUUCAAUGCCGAAAGUCAGCAUUAGCUCACAAAGCUCUUAUGAGAGCAGUAACGAAUGCGAUUUUUCAGGGUUCCAAACUCACAUGCCAAGAUACGCUUUCUCGGAUUCGGAAGAAAUGUUCUGCUCUCAGAAAUCCGACAGCAGUAGCAUACCGUCUCAAAAUGGAUACCAACCAAUGCAAGGAUGCCACAACAGUAUACCAUCGUCGCAUCAAUCGUCGUUUGGGGAGAUAACUGCGACUAAAACUUAUCCCGACUUCAACAGAAUAGUAGCCGAUAUCCAAAGAGACAGUUUGACUGUGCCUCAACUCGCUGGAAAUACCCACCAAUACGAAACUCUAGAUCGAGUGAAUAACUCUUCUCAGGCUAAUCAAUCAAUAGCCUAUCCUGACAAGCAGGUUUUGAUCCAGAAAUUUGCCGAUGCUCGGGCAAGUAAAUGUCACAUUGCUACACAUCCUUUGUACAGACUUAGUUCGUACACUGCUGAUAGUGGUCUGGAAAGCAUGAGUGGUGGAGGAGCUACGGGAUCCCCGCGAUGUCACCCGGAUGUCAUCGAGAGUCACUGUCCUCCCACUGGUCCAUGCGGCCAUCAGCACCGAUCCAGGUGCCAAUAUGUUGCAUCAUGUUCCUGUCAUAGUCAAAAUUUAACACCUCAAAGUUCGGCCUCAUACGAGACCACGCCAAACGAAGAACGAAUGCUUUAUCCAAUCAGCUCUCAGCUGAGCAAUAUUAACAGUAUCGAGACCUCCAAAACUAGUGACUUGAACUCUGUGCCUUGCUCGCCCUUUACAUGUUCUAAAGAUCUGAAAGGUCGACCUAAAAGGUCAAAGUCAGCCGACCGAAAAUCCAGCGGCCGGAAAUCAAUUUUCGCCAGCAUGUUCAGCCUCCGAAGUCGUAAAAGCAAAGCCGAAGCCAGUUCUGCUAGCCAAUCAUCUAGUUGCAAACGCGGUAAUAUUUUAUCCGACAGCGCUCCUUCAGAGCGGAGAAUUUCGAUAAUCAACCAGACACCUCAGAUUAAACCGACGGCCGUGGUAGCGCGGGUUCCACCAGUGCAGAGACUUCAGCCCCCUGUCGUGUCCCCGGGUAGCGGAAUCACAGUCACUACGGACUCAGACAGUGGAAUUGAGUUGAACUCGAAUGGACAACGGAGACACCAACGACAAUGUCACGGAAACUCAGCUGAGGCUAUGUGCAAUUCAAUACCUACAGUAACUCCUCGAUGCUGCAAUGAAGCUGCAAUAAUGCCGAACUCGUCCUCCGAUUGUUCACAAAAUGGUCAAGUGAAUCGCCGACCAGUUUCGAGUUCGGGGUCAGGCUCCAGGGGCAGACACACGCAGAGAGAACCCUGCUCAAAUCCGGAGAGAUGUAGAAAUAUCAAGAAGAAGCUGCUCUAUGGUCCUUCGGUUGAGAUCCACAACGCGGCAAUCUCCGGAACGACGAUCCAGACCUGUGCCAAAUGCAAUAACCUCAAAGAGUACUGGGUGGAUAGUCCCUGCGAGCAAGAACCAACCAGACCAGCCCCUGCUUUCAUCCCAGAGGAGGAGGUGGACUUGAUUCUUGAAAAGUUGGGUCCAAACCAGAUGAGCCAGGAUGUAACUGCCACAGAAUUCGACAUCAGUACAGCUUACACGCACAACAGUCAGCGGGAAUCGAUCGCCGGCCGAGGAACCCCCGAAAGCACCUCGGACACACCACCGGUAGCCCUUCCAGACCCAAACCUGCACCAAAGUCUGGACAAAACAUCUGGAACUACGACAUCUGGGAUCAUCAAAGAGACAUCAGCAACCGGUGUCAGCAGCAGAACAAGCGUGCAACCGGAACACAACGUCGCACACGGGGACUCACGUGUGCGUUGCCGUCCUUCAUGUCCGUCGCCUCAAUUGCCACCCCCGGAUAUCCAUGCAUGUGUCCACAAUUGUCAAGGUCGAAAUCAGUUCACGUCGGACACAAAGGACAAGGCUGGACAAGGGUGCGACAACAACGCGACUCAACAUGAUCUUGCCUCUGACUGUAACAGUUUCGAAAGAAAAGCUGGACAAAAUUGUGACAACGACGACAAAAUUUAUUUUGAAAGAGAGCAAUUCAAACAUGAUAACCCGAGGCUAGCCGACGUUGAUUUGUUGCAGUUUGAUUGGCCAGUUCCGAAGAAUACGAGACGACUGGGAUCGGCUGUAUAAUGAUAAAAACUUUGCUUCAAUAAACAAAACUCAAUAUAUUUUACUUCUCUUCGCAACUUUUAGUUGAGCACAAUAAUUGAAUUCAAUUUUUCUAUUUAAA